GCCGCUGGCACCGGCCGUCGCCGCCUGAGGUGUCGCGGUAGCCGCAGCGGCCUGGCCCUGCCCCUGCCCCGGUGUCACUGAGGAUGAGCUCCCGCGCUGCCCAGCGCCCGUCCCGCCCUGCCCGCCUGAGUCCAUUCAUCUAGCGACUGGUCUCCCUUGCAAUUAUGGAGUUUUAGAAGAAUAAGGUAGUGUGGAGGGGGAAUCCCCCUCUGCACACUUGAGGUAGUUCACUUUUGGAAUUUUCUAUGGACAAGAAUAUUUGUUAUAUAAGAUGGUGAAAUAAGACUUCUAAAAAUAUAUAUUUAUAAAUAUUUAUUUGGAUCAAGUGCCAAACAGCAGUACAAAGAUUUCUAAUGGCAGCUCAAUAAAACUGGAUUUACAUCGUUGGAAUUACAAAUUUUUUAAGGCACUGUGUUGUGUACUGAAUUGGAGUGCCUUGAUACACUUAAGGGUUGUUCCCCUUAAGGAGAGGAGCAGCUUUAGAAGUGAAGAUGAGUUCUCUCAUGCCAGACUGCACUUCGAAGUGUCGAUCUCUACAGCAUGCUUUGGAUGUUAUUUCUGUAGUAACCAGAGGAAGUGAAGGCCAGAUCAAGGCCUUUCUCUCUUCUUACUGCUACAAUGCUGCAACUAUAAAGGAUGCCUUUGGUAGAAAUGUUAUACAUCUUGCUUCGUCUUGUGGCAAAAAAGGCGUGCUAGACUGGUUGGCUGAGACCAAAGGAGUAGAUCUCUUGGCAAAAGACAAAGAAUCUGGGUGGACAGCUUUGCACAGAAGUAUAUUUUAUGGAUACAUUGAUUGUGUUUUGUCAUUACUGAAGCAUGGUGUUAGUCUGUACAUUCAAGAUAAAGAAGGCUUAUCAGCCCUGGAUCUUGUGAUGAAAGAUAGGCCAGUCCACGUGGUGUUCAAGAAAACUGAUCCCACAGAAGUCUACACCUGGGGAAACAAUAUAAAUUUUACUUUGGGUCAUGGUGGUCAACAGGGUAAACAUCAUCCUGAAUUGGUGGACCUUUUUCCUCGGAAUGGCGUGUAUAUCAAACAGGUGGUACUCUGCAAAUUCCACUCUGUGUUCCUUUCCCACAAAGGUCAAGUUUAUACGUGUGGGCAUGGACAAGGAGGACGCUUGGGUCAUGGUGAUGAACAAACAUGCCUGGUUCCAAGACUUGUGGAAGGCUUAGCUAGCCAUCAGUGCUCCCAGAUAGCUGCAGCUAAGGAUCAUACUGUUGUUCUAACAGAAGAUGGAUAUGUUUACACAUUUGGUUUAAAUACUUUCCAUCAGUUGGGUAUUCUUCCUCCUCUUCCUAACUGCAGUGUUCCUAGACAGGUUCAGGCAAAAAACCUGAAAGGUAGAAUGGUGAUUGGAGUGGCUGCAGGCAGAUUCCAUACAGUGCUAUGGACUAAGGAAGCAGUGUAUACCAUGGGGCUGAAUGGCGGCCAACUAGGUUAUCUGCUGGAUCCUAAUGGAGAAAAAUGUGUAACUGCACCUCGCCAAGUUUCUGCUCUACACCACAAAGAUAUCUCUGUGUCCUUGGUCUCUGCAAGUGAUGGCGCUACAGUAUGCGUUACUGAAAGAGGAGAUAUUUAUUUACUUGCAGACUAUCAGUGCAAAAAGAUGGCUUCCAAACAGCUGAACCUUAAAAAAGUUCUUGUUAAUGGGGGAUAUUUGGAAUAUAAGGUAGAUACCCAGCAUCUUAAAGAAAAUGGUGGUCAGAAGAUUUGCAUUCUAGCGCUGGAUGAAGCUGGAAGAGUGUUUUGCUGGAAGUCAUCUAACAACUCCAUGAAGCAGUGUCGUUGGGUGUAUGGCCGGCAAGUCUUCAUGUCUGAUGUUGCUUUAAAUGGGAACGAAAUAAUGUUUGUCACACAGGAUGGUGAAGCCUUUACAGGGAAGUGGCUGGAAGAAGGGAAAAAAAUCUCAGAAAAGAAAGCAGAACUUGUAUCAAACCUUCAGAAUUCUUCAUGUGAUGUGUCUUGUGAACAUGAUACAAACAGUGUGUAUGAAAGAAUUCGACUUCAGAAGCUUACUUUUGUCCACCGAGCUGUUAGUAUUGCCACUGAUCCUAAUGGUUGCAAUUUUGCUGUUUUACAGUCAGAUCCUAAAACAAGUCUCUAUGAAAUUCCAAGUGUGUCAUUAUCAAGUUUUGGAGAGGACUUUGGCAAACUGUUAGAUGAAACAGAUGAAAUGGACAGCAUCCAUGAUGUGACUUUUCAGAUUGGCACAAGAACUUACCCCGUGCACAAAUACAUCUUGGCUGUACGCUCUGACUUCUUCAAGAAGCUGUUUGUUUCCAGUGACAACCAGCUAGACGCUCCAGACAUCUACCGUAAAGACGAAGAUGCUGUUGGAUGUGAUCUUUAUGUAAUAGAGAAAGUUCAUCCAGAUCUGUUCACAUACCUUCUGCAGUUCAUAUACACUGAUACUUGUGAUCUUUUGACUCAUGGUCAUAAACCAAAAAUCCUGCAUAAAGGAAAAUCAGAAGAAUAUCAAGAUACUUUAAUUUCUAACCUGAGCAAAAUGAGUUUUGAUGAAAAUGUUAAUGGAAAGUCUGCAUAUGAGAUUUAUAGAAAUAAUCACGUGCAAGUUAUAAAUGAAAAACAGAAGAGCAAAUCUAAAAAAGGCAAAGUUGCUGGUGAAGAAGCUAACCUCAUAACAAUGUUGCAGAGUGCUGCAAAGAAGUUUGGACUCAGCAAUUUAAGUGGAAGGUUGGAUGGAGUCAGGUUAGAAAAUGGAAAAAUUAAUGUUGUCAACAAGAAGAAUGGGAACAAACCAAAGUUAAAUCAGAAGAAAUGUUCGUACCUCUGCGAUGUGACCCUGAAAUCUUUAGAUGGAAAGGAAUUCCCGUGUCAUAAGUGUGUACUUUGUGCAAGACUUGAUUAUUUUCACAGCAUGUUAAGCAGCUCAUGGAUUGAGGCUUCUUGUUGUUCAGCUCUGGAAAUGCCAAUCCAUUCUGACAUACUACAGAUAAUUGUAGAUUACCUGUAUACAGAUGAAGCUCUUGCGAUAAAAGAUUCUCAAAAUGUGGAAUUCAUAUGUAAUGUUCUUGUGGUAGCAGACCAACUUCUUAUAUCCAGACUCAAAGAAAUCUGUGAAGUAGCCAUUGCAGAAAAACUUACUUUAAAGAAUGCUGCCGAGCUGUUGGAGUUCUCAGCAAUGUAUAAUGCUGAACAGUUAAAACUGUCCUGCUUGCAGUUCAUAGGACUCAACAUGGCAGCUUUGCUUGAAGCAAGGACUCUGGAUGUCUUAAGUGAUGAAGUUGUAAAGGAUCUUUCUGUUUAUUACAGGAAAAUGAUUCCAGCCAUGGUCAGAAGAGUAAUUACACCAUAUCCAGAUGGACCUGACAUAAGUUCUUUUGAGCCUGAAGACGGAGAGAACUUUGUCUUUUUAAGGGAAGAAAUGAAUACAGAACAAAAUUCUCAGGAAGCCCUUUUCAAAAGAGCAAAAACUAAGGCAAAAAAGAAGCCACGAAAACGGUCUGACAGCUCUGGAGGAUAUAAUCUAUCAGAUAUUAUUCAGAGUCCAGCCUCUACAGGCUCAGUAAAACUGCAUAAAACUAACUCUGUAGAAUCACUUCCAGAACUCUUAACAUCUGACUCUGAAGGUAGUUACGCAGGAGUGGGUAGCCCCAGAGACUUGCAGUCCCCUGACUUCACAAAAGGAUUUCAUCCAGAGAGGACUGAGAUGAAGGACAAAGCAUGCAGUCAGGGUAUGAAACCCUCUCAACCUAACAAGGAGAUGAUGAAGUCAUACAAGGGAUCAUCAGCAUUGACACAGUCUGUUCCACAGUCCAUUCCCAGUGCCAAAAACAACUCUGCAAGCUCUCCCAAUUGGGUAGCAACCAGUUUCAGCCCUGCCAGCCCUCCUGCUAUGGAUCUAAGAACCAUCAUGGAAAUUGAAGAAAGUAUGCAGAAAUGUGGAACCAUGCCAAAGGCAAAUUCAGGCAGAAUGGUGUCUCAUGGAAUCAAGCUUUCACAGAAGCAAAGAAAAAUGAUUGCCCUGGCAGCAAAAGAUAAUGGAUCAGUAACUAGCAGCACGGAGCCUGCUACACUAAUAACCACACCGCCUCCACCUACAAAAGUUGCAAAACUAGGGAAUGCAUGGUCAUCUUCAUUACAUUCUGCUUUGCCAAAGUCAUUCCGUGAUCUUGUAAUGGAAGAAGAAAAAUGUAUGAGUGCAAGUAAUUCACCUGGUACUGGUAUCAAAAGAGCUGGAUAUAAAGGAACUGAGGAUUCAUCAGUCCAAAACACCAUAAGGUGCACCACUAGAAGCAGCCCAGGUCUGGAAGACCAUGUUCUGGAUUCCUCACAGCUGGAGAGUCAUAAUCCUUGGUCAGUAGGAUCACCAACUAGCUCUCCAGUGAUAGCACCUGUCAUGUUUUCAGCUAUUGUAGAGGAAGAGCUCCAGCAAGAAGCUGCUCUUAUUAGGAGCAGAGAAAAACCUUUGGCUUUGAUCCAGAUCGAGGAGUGUGCUAUUCAAGAUUUAUUAAUCCACUAUGAAGCUUUUGACAACCCUGAUGAAUUUGUGACUGUUGAAAGGGCUCCACAGGGACCUAUAGCAGCACCUAUGUGGAACAAGCACUAAUUCAUACUGUUCACAGUCCAUGUUGUAUGUGCACUUCAGAAGUUCUAAUUCUUGAUACAAGUAAAACGGGACUGGAAGAACAGGAAUCGUGUAACUUUUAACAUCAGCAUUAAAAGCCUGCACAUAAUCACUAGGUAUUUGUUAGAAAGAAUGGAAAUACUGUGUUCACUGUGUCAUUUACCCACAGUAUAUAUUGUCUGUAUGUUUUGAGAGAAUUUCUUUAACAAGACAUGUUAUUAGUAAUGUUACAUGAAGCUGUAGAUUGGAAGUGCAUUUGCUAAUCUUAAUUUGCGAGGGUUUUUUCCUUAAAUUCACAGGUGGCUGAAAAGCGAGUGCUUAUUUUGUGAUUUAAUGUGGAAUUGAAUGUGCAGAAUUAUGCAUCUUUAAAGUUGGGGGGGGGGUAUGUUCUUCAGAGCUUUUUGGCAGAUUGGGAAUAUUGGAAAAAGUUUGUGCUUGAACUUCAUGUAAAAGUACAGUUUGAUAAUGCAGUUUUCCUUAAGUUAUGUGUGCAAGUGCUGGUUCUCUGAUUGUUACAGCCAGUACUUCUUAUUGUCAUGUUCCACGAUGAACCUCUACGCUGUACCUAAGUGCCCUGCCAUUGCCUGCUCUCAGUUCAGU